AAUAUACAUUUAUUAUCAAUUAUUUUCUCAUUAUCGAAAGCAAUAUUAGUUUAUAUCUGUUGUUUUUUCAUAUGUUAUGACUCUACAUUUACAUUCAUCUAAGUAAACAUGAAGAAAAGGUCCGAAUACUGAUGUACAUAGUGAACUAUAUGUCAUUAAAUCUCCAAUGUAAUCAUUUCCUGUUUACUGAGUUAUUAGGCAAAGUGGAAAAAAUGAUGGACAGUGUACAACUUCUGGACAGCAAUUAUGCUCGUCAAUUACAAUCAAAAUACACACAGGGGAGAUUACAUAAAGGUCACAGUAUAGCAGCAGCCUCUGCCUCCAUCCCAAGUAAAUACCAAACAGUUGUGCUCGAUAACUCUGACAGAAAAGGAUUUGGAGCAAGAGCAAAACGAUUUAACUAUGAAGCUGGUGAUAAUCCAGGACCUGGAAAUUACCUCAACCACACUGGAAUGGACAAAGUCAGCAGCUCAUAUUCGAAGAAAGGAACAGGUGGCUUUGCAUCAAAGGCAAGAAGGGCACCUAAACAUGAGUCAACAUGUGGACCAGGAGCCGCAGCAUAUGGUCUCCCUAGUCUACUAACUACAAAGAAAGAUUACAACAAAAUGACAAGCACCAGCUCAUUCCACAAACCUAUUGCAGUACAGAAAGAGAAACCUGGGGUUCCAGCUCCAAACAAUUAUGAGGUGAACAAAUCCAGGGGUCUUCAAUCAAAGAACAGUGUCAUUAGUGCCAAUGCAGCAUUCAAGUCACAAUCAAAACGUGAAGUGAUUAAUGUAAAUGAAGCUAGCAAAAAACCAGCUCCAUGUCAUUAUCAGAUCAAUGAUGAGCUAACAAGAGACAGAGUUAAAGUACCAGAAUCCAGUUUCAAAUCUAAGACAAAAAGGCAGAUUGCUCCAGAUAGUUACCCAAACCCAGGUCCAGGAACAUACAAACCCCACGAACCAACUGACCCUGCAAAUAAACAGCUCCUCCCCAGGAAACACUACCUCGGUAUCAGUGCACCUGCUAUGCCCCUCCCCCCAGGUCUCCCCAACCCCGGACCUGGAAGUUAUGAACUGGUUAAUUACGAGGGUCCAAUGAAGCACUAUAUGUCCAGCUCCCAAUUUGUCUCCAAUACAAGUAGAUGGGCAGGUGAUGUGAACACACAACCAGGAGAUCACCCAGGACCAGCUCAUUAUCACCCACAAGGAGGGAACAAGACUUCGUUUAUCUACAAUGCAUCAUCACGGUGGAUAUAACACUACAUCACUAGUCAACCAGAUGUGACAGCAUCAACCAAACCAUGUGCAGUAUUUCAAUAGCUGAACACUAUUGAACAAAAAAUCUCAAAUGACUCUGGGACUAUAUUUCUUGUAUGAAAUGAAUGCAGUGAGCUACCAAUCGUGUAGAGCUCAUCAAAAGUAAUGGAUUCAAAUAGAAUAGAUCAAUGACAAUGGAUGGCAAGCUGUGAUUAUAUUGUCUUUGAUGUAUUAAUACUAGAAUACCAUACACAUUACACAUGUAUUUGUGAAACUGUGAUCAGAUAGAUGUCUAUGUAUUAUAAGAUGGGGUUAUCUAGCUAGUAUACAAUUACUUUUUAAGAGUUUGUGAUUAAAGUCAAGAACCCCAGGUUUGAGUUUCAAGAAUUGUAGGAUCCUAUGAUGAAAACACAUUCAUGAAUGCUACAAGAUAGAUAAGUUCCACAGUGUAAAUACUUGUAUAUAAUAAAAAGAAAAAUGCCAAAGGAAAUUGUACAAAAAAGAUACAAAGAACAGUAUGUAAAUAAGUUAGUCAAAGCUUUUUAUUAUUUAAAAAACAUUGUCUUAGAUAACAUAAAAAAAUGUGUAAAUUACACUCAACAUAUGUAUAGACAUGCAUGUACAUUGAUAGGUAAUAAUAUAUUUUAUAUAAAAUA